AUGAUAGUGCCAUCCUUUAUCCAGACGCACACUGUCCUUUCAAGGCAUGCUUCAGUUUUGAAAUAUGGUUUACACAUACUACGUACAAAACGGCUGUACGCGAGGAAACCAGGAAGUAGAGAUGAACAAAUUAAAGAACAGGAUCGUUUCUCUCACAUGAGCAUAUCGCAAUUGGACAAAGAAUUCGAUUUGUUCAAUGAUACAGUGACGAGAAUGGUGGAUCUUGGCUUCGCUCCAGGCAAUUGGUUACUGUAUGCUCAAAAGAGACUUUCAGAGGUACAUUCCGUCGAGCCCCAUAAGCUCAAUACUAUUUGCACUGUGGUUGGUUUUGACAUUCUUUUUUGUCAAGCACCGAAAGGGACCUAUUCCAUUCAAGGAAACAUCUACUCUCAAAACGCACAUUCGAACAUCUUGGAUCUAUUAAAAAAACGAACGUACAUCCUUGAAGAAGCUCGAAAAAAAUCACAAUUAAACUCUGAGUCGUCUACUAAGGACAACAUUGAAGCUGAUAUCACGAGGCUUGCUAGUAAAGUAAGUUCCCUUACCAUAGAAAAUAAACUGGCCUAUUUCGACCAAGACAUGGAUCUUGAUAGAUACCAGGCUGAUCUUAUUCUCUCCGACUUGACGACUGCUUUCUUGCAGCGUGAUGGCUUCUUCAACAACACCAUGGCGAAGCCGUUCAUAAGAAGUAGAGAAAAUGAGCUACUACGCCAGCCUCUAGUAAAUCCUCAUGAAGCUCACUUAGACCUUGCUGAUGCGGCCAUGUUGCUUUGCUGCGAUUCAUUGGCUAAGAAUGGUACCUUUGUUUUACGGUUAGCUGAUGUUCGCCCUGGCGACCAGGGGCUCGGAUUAUUACAAAGAAGACUUGAAAAAAUGUUCCAGAGUGUGGAAAGGUGGCGAUUCGAUCAUGUAGAUCCUCGUUUGUCUCUUAAAGAAGUGUUCUUCAUCUGCAAGAAAAAAUUAAACAAGACAUACGACAAAUAUGACUUGUUCGAUGUUCGUCAAAUACAAGUUGAAGCUAAACCUUAA